CACAGUUCUCCCUGACAUAAAAACCAAAUGCUUGGACAUUAGGAAUAGUCAUUAAAGUAUACCAAAAUAGAUUGACUUACUAUAUAAUACUGAGUACAGUUUUUAAAUGAAGGAAAAAAAAGUGAAAUGUAUGACCUCUGAGUGUUAUUAGUUGUAGUGAUAUCAGAAUCUAUUUGAAUAUAUUCAGUAUUAUUUAAUAUCUGAAUGAUAUUCAGAAAAAAUCUGUUGGAAUUUUCAUUCAGAUACUGAGUAUAUUUUUAAAUUUUGUAUUCAUUACUUGUUUGUGCUAUUUAGAUUUGUUUUGAAGGUUUCUUUGAUACGUAUUUUUACAAAAACCACAGAACACUAUGUUCAAAGUAUUAUUUAUUGAAUGUAAUUCAUGAAAUAAUCUAUUUUUACUCCUCUUUGAGAAAUAUUUGUUUUUGAUACAUUUCCAUUAAGUGCUUUUGACAUGAGAGGCUAUUUUGAUGUUUUUAUAGAACUGAUCGUUAAGGUAACAGGUACAGGAUUUUAGGACAGUUUACAGGCAGCCCUGGCCUUUUCACUGACUUGUAGACCUGGAAAGCAGUACAAGAACAAACAGUCCAUUUUACCUGUGACCUAUUUUACAUAACAGUAAAGCAUCAGCUACUCAUUCUCACCACCAGAUGGUGUUUUUCUACAAACUGAAAUGUUAACUUUGCCUCUUUCUGCUGGUUAUUUCUCCUGUGUGUUGAGCACUGAUAUGACAAGCAGCAGACUUUGGGGAGGUAGAUGACAGACAGGAUCCCAGGAGAGUAGGGCGGAUAUGUGCUUGUUUAAAUAACUGCAAUACCUUAGAGGUGAAUUGCAGUGACAGGGGACAGAUUAAAUGAAAACAGGAUAUUUUAGAAAUGAGCAGAUAGGAAAAAUGCCAAACACCACAAAGUGAGGACUGCCUAUAUAUGGUCUGCAGUAUUUAAAAAUAUACUUAUUUGUAUUAUUUUGUGUUAUGAAAAAAUAAAUUUUGUGUGAUAGUUUUGAUGAUGAAAGGUGGAAGUUCUACCUAGUUUUGAAUGCGUUUUUUUUAAGAGGGUGAGAAUGUUAUGGUGCUAAACUUGACAAAAAAGAGACCGUUAAAAUGUUGAUAAUUUUAGUAAUCUUUUUUAAAGUGUUGAGGGGGCAAAGAUUGCAAAUUAUGCCAUGCAAAAAUAAACCUAUAAAUCUGUUUCAGGUUACUAAUUUGAGUUUUGGUUAAUUCAGUUUGUAAUACCUAUUAAUGAACUCUGUUUACAAUAAAGAUUCUCUAAAUUGUUUGCUGUUAAUUUUUCAAUGAUUAAAAUAUUAGCAGGUUACUACUUAAUCAUAGAAACAUGAUGAAUUUAAAUACAGCCUGAGACUGGGAUACAGUAUUUAAGUGAUCUCUCUGGAAUGCUGGAGUUCAAAGUCAGAAGUGGUGCAGUCGGGGUCUGGAUGGUCCUCCUCUCUGUGCACUGCAGGAGGCCUCUCUCCAGUGGCUCUUCCCCCCUUGUCCCAGGGCUGUCACUGAGGCAAGAGGCCAGAGCCCGGAGAGGAAAGGGUUGAAGGUUUACCACAGCACAUGCUCCAUGGGCACAUGGGUGGAGCCUCAAAAGCUCAGCUCUCAAAUGCCCACCUGGCUUGAUCCAGAUAGAGACCCAUUUGAAAACUAUCUAAGGAUCGGAAGGCAUUAUGAAAAACCCGUGUUUCCGAAUCGUUACCAUAGUUAUAGGUCUUUAUGUUACUCAAACAAUGACAAACUCAUCAAGAAAAAGUAAUAUUUUAUUCAAUUCUAAAUGCCAGUGGAAUGGAUAUCUUCUGACAAACUGUUCUUUUACUCAAAAGCAUGAGAUACCUGUGGACAUAUCACAGACAGCAGCUACAGUGGAUGCAAGUUCCAGUUUCUUUAGGGCUCUCUUACAGUCUCACACAAAAAAAGAAGAAUGGAAUAUAAAACAUCUGGACCUCAGUAACAACCUCAUAUCAAAAAUAACCUUAAGCCCUCUUGCUCCUGUCCAUGCUUUGGAAACAUUAAACCUGAGCAACAAUGCCAUCUGCUCCAUCUCAUUGGAUCUACCCAGUCUUAAGUCCUCAUGGGUGAAACGGCACAGAGGCGGCUUCAGAAAUGGGCUUCCAUUUCUAAAGUUGCUAAUUCUUCAAAGAAAUAAACUCAGUGACAUUCCCAAGGGACUGUGGAAGCUGAAGUCAUUACAGAGUUUGGAUCUGUCAUUCAAUAAGAUAUUGCAAAUUGGUUCAUCUGAUUUUCAUAACUGCCUGCGACUGGAGAACCUCAACUUACAGAGCAACAGGAUAUUCAGAAUUCAUCCAGAAGCCUUCAAGGACCUCAGAAAAUUACAGGUUGUGGACCUCAGCAACAAUGCUCUGACCACCAUCCUUCCGAUGAUGAUCAUUGCUCUAGAAUUUCCCCAUCUGGAGGUUGACUUGGCUGAUAACCAGUGGGAGUGUGACUAUAACGUGGCAGUCUUCCAAAAUUUCAUUUCUGAAUCCUGGAGGAAAAAGUGGAAUGAAAUUUGCAACCAGUCUAUAGGGACUGAGAAGGUAUAUUGGUGGACUCCCAAAAGGAGAAUUUCCAGGGAGACUCACCUUCCUCACACUGAAUUGAAUCCUAUGAGAAGUCUCGUGCUGAGCAAAGCCGAGAGGCCCCGGGAAGGGCAGUACACGCACUUUUCCCCACUGGGGAGGAAGGACGAUGCCAUGCAGAGACAGCUGCCAAGACGGGUCAGGAGAGACGGGGAUGAUGUGCAAACUCCUGAUAGAAAGCAAGACGCUUCCCAGGACCUUGCCCUGGCCGUCUGUCUGGCGGUUUUCAUCACAUUCUUUGUGGCUUUCUGCCUGGGGGCUUUUGCAAGGCCUUAUGUUGACAGGCUGUGGCAACAGAGAUGCCGGAAGAAAGGCCCUGGUUCCGAUACUGCGUAUUCAAACGAGGGCUUCUGCGAUGACGUGGAAGCUGCAGAGAACACGCAGCACCCAAGGGUAGGUCAGCACCAACCUUGCUGUGAUCUAAAGCUCUAUGAGAACCAAGACUCUUUCUUGGUGACAGGAGCCAGCCCACAUGCCGCCAUCAUUCCUGAUAGAACCCUGAACACGAGCAGAAAGGAGCCUGACAGUCGGCAGAGCAGGGAACAACUCGACGACAACAACGGGGCAGGAAGUAGCAAGGAUUACAUGCUUCCAAGUGACAGUGCAGCCGGGGCCCUUCUCCGCGGACAGCCAAAUGCUGAUCAGAAUGCACGAUCUUCAGCUGCACAGGACCACAUCUACAGCAAUGCUAUUCUUGGAGAAAUAAAUUAUGAAACUGUAGCCCAGGAAGAUCCUCUCAGUGAGCUGUCAGUGGGCGUCCCUGCAGUAGUGGGCAGGUCGCAAACUGUCUCUAGCUCAAUCCAUAAUGAUUCCAGUGAAUUAGACCCACCACUGUUGAGAGAAACAACGGCUUCUCUCUCACAAAUGCUAACACAUCCGAAAGCACAGAGGACUGGAGAGCAUGAGGGAAGAGGGGGCACUGAACAAUUACCCUCAGAGUUCUCUAAAGAAAUGCAAGCAAGCACUUACGUUAAUUUGCUGAGCGCACAGCAGCAAAGGCUCAAGGGGUCCAGUGCUGAGGAAGAGCUUUCCACCUACUACAGUGCAGUCACACUCAGUGACCCAGAAGAUACAGACCCAUCCCCACCCGUCUUCCCUCCAGGAUGGGGGAGGGACCUGCAUGUCACUCCUGCUAACAAGGAACCAGGGCAGGAACACCCUCCUGACACUCAGUACGAGUUGGACACCGACUACGAUUCUGAUGAGGGGUCUUUAUUUACUCUAAGUUCAAUAAGUUCAGAGGAUGCAAGAAAUAUGACUGAAGAAGAGGCACAUGGUGAGGAGAGCCGUAGAGCCAGUGAGGCCCCAGAGGACCAGGACUCAGGAAUGAGCAAGGACAAUGUUAUGUCAUUAGAGAGUCUUGACAAUGACAUCACCUUCCAGAAGGUUCUGGGGAAAUGUGAGAAUCAAGAAGAUCAUUUUGAGAAACCUCUAACUUCUGGUCCAGACUCUGGUUGGUGUGAAACUCAUCUGGAAAGUGCCUCUAACACCAAUAAAUUUGAGGAUCCAUUGACCUUGCCCGAGUCACUGGGCAAUAGUCCUUUCACUGAUGAGACCCCAGAGGAGUUCAGUCAUGAUUGGGUCACAGCUCUUCAACCUGAGGUGGGAGAGUGGCUUUACUCACUUAAAGACUUAGAAUUUUCAUAUGUGGAUAUUUUACCACAAACACCACCUCGUUCUGACGAAGUUCCCUCAGAUCCUAGUAAGAGUGCCUGUCGUGAAAGAGACUCAAACACUUGUAAGGAUGAAACUUUCAUUCAGGAAACAGACACAGCUCGAAACCAUAGUCCCUUCAAGAUCACUACUGGGGAAAACUUAAGACCUUCACAACAAGAUUUUGAAGAGGCCAACGUGAAUUCCAACCUAAUGGAAACUGAUGCAAAUGAGAGGUUUGUAUGUCCUCCCGAGGACCAUGAUUCCAGAAGAGUUAUAAGCCAAACACAAUUGUUCCAAUUCUGUGGUGAUGAAUCUGCUGUUCAGGGUGAAAGAGGAGGGGGCGAAUAUUUUGAAGAUGGUUCCAAGAGCCAGAUACCAUUAUUACCAGAGCUUGCAAAUGACGCCAGUUCACUAAGAUCACAGGAGCCCUUCAGUGAUAGAGACUGGGGUAAAUACUCACAGGAGAAUCUGUUGCAGUCAGAAAAAGAUGAUUCUAAUCUUUAUACUCAUAUGCAGACCCAGAGCAACUCGAUGGGAGUUGACGAUCUACUUGAGGACCAAUGUUACUAUGACGAAGACAAGGAUGUUCAACUUGAAAGUCAAAGGGAAUUCAAAUAACAUUUUUAGUACAGAUUGAAGCACUUAGAUGGAACUGCUGGACAGAUUUUUACAAAGUCUGCACAAAGAACAGCACAACUUUUUGGAGGUUUAUUGUGAAACUGCAAAAUUGGAAGGAUUCAGAACAAUCCUAAAUAUUUUUUAAUAAGUUAUGUUAAAAGAGGGACCAUUUUCUAGAACUAAAUGUAAAUUAAAAAUCAAUUUUCAAGAAGAGAAGUGAAGUUUUUUGUCAAAGAAAAAGGUACUCUACCAUUAUCCUUGACUAACCUUUCCUCGGUGUGACUCUCCAAUUUGGGCUCUCAUGAGCUGUGUUCUCCUGUUUAUCCUCCUGCUUCUCUAACAUUUUCUCCUUUUCCUUCCUGACACUCCUCCUCUGCUUGCCU